GCGCAUAGGAGCUUCAGGAACAAGGAGACACACACACUGCUAGUGUACUGGAAACUGCUGGUGCUCACUCUUACAGCGGCAAGUAGAAGUAACUUAGAGCGCCUCAUGUGUCUUAUCAUGAGAGAGCGUGUUUGAAAAAAAAGACGCGUGGACACUGGACAGUGAAAGUUGGAAUAGAAAAAAAACUUUCUGCGCCAGUCAAACAGCGAGACUUCCAGAAUUGUGAUCAUUCCCAGGUUUAUGCUCUGCUUCUUUCAAAAGGAUAGCAGUUUAAUGACGCGUCUCUGUUUCUUGUGGACUUGAAGCAGCGCGCCAAAAGGGGCUCAAAGAAAUUAGUAAAUCACAAUAUUAAGAACGUGUUGCGCAAAGUGACAGUAGUACCCAACUGGAAUUUCACGGGCAUCUGAACUUUUGGAGCAUCUCAGUCUUGUUGACCAAGUGAAGCUGCAGCAGCACCAAGAAAGAUGGAUCACUCGAAUAUAUGCAGCGCUGUUCUUUUUCCCAUUCAGAUGCUCUACAGCAUAAUUAAAGCGGGCAUGAGCCUGUUGCUACCUGCGAGACGUAGAGACUUGAGCGGGGAUGUUGUGUUGAUCACUGGCGGGGGAAGAGGCAUCGGUCGUCACCUGGCACACGAGUUUGCGAAGCAAGGGGCGAAGAAGGUGAUCCUGUGGGGCCGCACAGAGAAGUGUCUGAAGGAGACGAGUGAGGAGAUCAACCUGCUGGGCACGGAGUGCCACUACUUCAUCUGUGACGUGGGCAACCGCGAGGAGGUCUACCAGCAGGCCAAGGUCCUCCGGGAGAAGGUGGGUGAUGUCACUAUCCUGGUGAACAACGCAGCUGUGGUCCACGGCAAGAGUUUGAUGAACAGCGAUGAUGACGCUCUUCUGAAAACACAGCACAUCAACACGCUGGGCCAAUUUUGGACCACCAAGGCCUUCCUGCCCCGCAUGCUGGAGCUGUGUAACGGCCACGUGGUGUGCAUCAACUCCAUCCUGUCCGUCUCCUCCAUCCCGGGCGCCAUCGACUACUGCACCUCCAAGGCCUCCUCGCUGGCCUUCAUGGAGAGCCUGACGCUGGGCCUGCUGGACUGCCCCGGCGUGGGCUGCACCACCGUGCUGCCCUUCCACACCAACACCGAGAUGUUCCAGGGCAUGCGAGUCAGGUUUCCUCAGCUCUUCCCCCCUCUGAAGCCGGAGACGGUGGCCCAGCGAACAGUCGAGGCAGUCAGGAGCAACAAAGCCUUCGUCUACCUGCCCUGGACCAUGCAUAUACUCAUAAUCCUCAAAAACCUGUUGCCUCUGCCGGCGCUGGAGGAGAUCCAGAGGUUCGCCGGCUGCUACACCUGCAUGAAGACGUUUAAGGGCAGAACUUAAAAGAGGAGGAAGGGGAGCCCAGCCCGCCAAGCGGGGCGGGGGGUGACAAGGCAAUCAAAGGGAAUCAAGACCUCAAGUCAAGAGCGAGCAUGUGUGCACUGCGAGAAAAAAAUAAAAUAAAGAGACAAUAACAACAAACUGAGGAAGAAGAAGAAGAAGAAGAAGAGAACAUUGCGUUCACACACACUCAUGAACACACAGCCUUGUGUUACACAACCUUGUGGUUGGACCUAUACAGUACUGCAUACCACUGUGGCCAGGGCCGGAUUAAGAUGGCCUGGGCCCCCUAGGCUGCAAGUUGAUGUGGGGCCCCUCGGAAAGCAAAUUUUGUGACAAAUUUACAUGGACAGUGUCAUAAUUACAUGCUAGGAAUUAGGGACAACAUGUCUACCAACGGUACUCAACAUGACAGAUGAAUAUUUCAAUAUUACAUCUUGUCAUAAUUCUGCAAUUUCUCACUUUUGACCAAUCGGGGGCCCCAUGGCAGGUGGGGGCCCCUAGGCUGCAGCCAUAUCUAGCCUGUGCAUUAAUCCGGCCCUGACUGUGGGCAUAAGGACCUAUUAGAUCACAAAAGCCCAUUUCAGUGCAGCAGGCUUUCCGAGCGAGUGCGUACCAUAUUGUGUAACGUUAAAAAGGGUCGGUGCAUGAUCUUAGUUCCUAUCUAUCGCCAGGAAACCUUGACAUUCUAGAGUGAAUGAAUGGUACACAGUCAUGUCCUUAGUCACACAUUAUACUUGGAUGUGAAAUCCUGCGUUUGACUGGGAUGCUGUUAAAAAAGAAAAAUGUGGUUUUGUGUGGUUAUUUUUCCUUACUAAAGACAUGUUCUGUUGAAGGGGUUGGUGGCCUCAGGACAGGAGACCUUCAAGACUGGAUGGGAUGGGAUGGGGUGGCUUGAGGCACGCGUUGUAGAUUUUUAACAAAUUUUAAUCGUUUUAUAAUAAAAAUGCAUCUAUGUGUUUGCACAUGAUUGCCUACGUCUCUUUUAUCAAUAUUGGUUGUUCAUGUUGAAUAAAUACAGUAUUUGAUCCUUAAAGGUGUAGGAAAUGGUCAAAAAAGGUACUGCAACUACUAUGCUGCUCAUUGAAACUGUGUUGCCUAUUGCCAAAUUUGACCUUUUCAUGAAAGUUUACUAACUAAUAAACUAAUAUUUUCUAGUAU